CCCCCAUAAUUUUAUAAGCUCGUAACAAUGCAAAUAUUCUGCGAUAGCAUUCGUUUGGUGGAAAAACAUCUUCUUAUCUACCACACCCAAGACACUGGAAGCUGAAGAUUCAGAAGGCCACCUACACCGUCACCGGAAGAGUAACAAAAACCACCAUGGCGGCGGCUGCAGUACCGUCUACCACCACCACCACCACCAUCCACAUUCGUCGGAGCAACUUCCUAUCUCCGACUGCAAAAACCACCGCCAUAUCCUUCAACCCCAUCACUUCCCACCCAAAGCCGCUCAAGUUCAUCAUCAGAAACUACAACGAAUCAUCAGCGGAGACCGCCACAACGGAGACGACGACUGAACCGGAGGCAGAAAGCUCACUCAAAGCCUCCGAUGAAUCGCCGUCUCUGAUUUCGGCUCUCAACGUCGAACGAGCCCUCCGUGGAAUUCCAAUUACAGAUGUGAAUCACUACGGAAGACUCGGACUCCGAAGAGGAUGUCCAUAUGAUCAGGUUCCGAUUGCGUAUAACAUCAAGGUUGAAGAACUAAAGAGUCAGGGAUUAGAGGAAGAAGAACUCAACCAAAAACUCGAACUCCUAAAAGAAUCGUACAUGAUAUUAUCAUCUGUUGAAGAGAGAAGAAUGUACGAUUGGAGCUUGGCCAGAAUCGGAGAGCCAGACAAAUAUUCAUGGCCUUUCGAGGCGGAUAUAACUCAGAUUCAAACUCAAUUGCCGCCGCCGAAGGAACCAGAAGACGAAGGACCGACGAGAUUGGUGGGUUACUUCUUCUUGGGGUGGUUCGUUCUGUCCGCCGUGUUGUCUAUUGCUCUGAAUCUCUAGAAAUCGCCAUUAAAGGCGUCUGUAAAUUAAGAAGAGAGCUUUGCCUUGAGAAGAAAGAACACGAGAAUGAAGAGCCCAGCCCGCCAAUUAUUUGAAGGAAAUCGGAAUUUGGGCCCUUUAAUGUGGGCCUUUAUAAGAUGGGCCUUCUGAACUGUAAGUUACAUUUGUCCACGUGGAGCCCAAAUUUCUAGCCCAUAAUGUUUCUUAUCCAUAGAUACUCUUUGGAAAAAUGAUUUUAUAUAAAUAGUUGUUUCUUGAUGAAUCCUUCUGUGUCGAUGAUUACUUACUACUGUAGUUUCGGAUAAAAGUAAAGGAAAUUUGGGAUUUGUUGCUUCAUUUUUACUAUAAUUAUGAAUGUAACAUUUUCUUUUUCUAUGUUUA